CACCACACAUGCACGUCAUCAGACGCCGAUGGACGACCAGUAUAUUAUCUUUAAUCGUGUUAACUGUUUACUACUUACGCGUUGCCGCGCCGGGAGCCGACGUUAUUGUUCAUUCUUCACAAGAUAGAUAAUAUCAUACUUCAGUGUUCGCAAACAGUUCCUAUAUUAUUAUAAAUAUUUGACUGGAAUUCGGAUUAAAAAUAACGAGUUAAUUUACGUAACGUUACAUGACUUAAUCAAUAGUAUUAUUUAGUUAAUAACUGUGUACAACUACGAUUAUGUCGCGGAAAAAUACGUCGCAACGAGACAGUGGCCGUAAAAAAAGGAAACUAGACAAUGAUGAUUCGGAUGAAAUAUCAUUAAGUCGUAACCUAGAUUUGUGUAUAGAUUUUGGUUUUCAAGAAGCCAAAGAUUCCCAAACAUCGCUUGAAGGUUACAAAGAUCUAUUUGGUGAGGUUAUACCGCCUGAUGAGCCUGUCAGUAAUGAAGGGGCUAAAAACAAAUUGAUUAAGAAGACACCAAGAAAGAAGAAAAAACCAAAUGAAGAACUUUUUGAUACCCCAACAAGACCUAAAAGAGUGUUUAUUUGUACUCCAAGGUUCAUUAGAGUAAUGGAGGAGGCGCGAAAAGAAUUGUACGAAUGUAUGGCUGGCAGUAUGAGAUCAAGUAAGGUUUCAGUUGUAUCAACUGACAGCCUUAAUGUCAGUGGAGUACAACACUUGCAAGACAGUCCUCAAACAAGUAUAAAUAAUGAGUCCAAAAUAAAUGCUGGGAAUAAUGAUAAUGAUAAGAAAUCUCAACAAGUUUUUGAAGGAGUAGUUGCAUUUAUAGAUUAUAAAAUCGACAAUGAACGCUGUGAUUCUAGCUUUAGCGAACGUCUCAUUAAUAUGGGUGCUAAAGUCGAAAAAACAUUCAAUCGAAAAGUUACGCAUGUGUUGUUCUGUGAUGGCUAUCGUAGUACAUAUAAUAAAGCAGUUGAACGUAACAUCCCACUGGUUUCAGCAAGGUGGAUGGAAUACAGCUAUUUAGCUAAAAAGAUGCAGGAUCCAGCUGACUAUCCGCCUGUAGAUAUGGAAAAAUACACUAAAACGCCAUCAAGGAAUAUUAAAAUUCCCAAAUACGCAAAAUAUAAAAAAAAAUUAGGAUCACAUAAUGUCAAACGUGACAAUCUAGUUCAAUCAAAAUGUGAUAACCUUGGGAUGAACCUUAAUAAUGGAAACGAAGAAAAAUGUCCUGUCACUGAAACCCCUCAAAAAACUACUGUGAACCAAGAAAAAUACGCAAAAUAUAAAAAAAAAUUAGGAUCACAUAAUGUCAAACGUGACAAUCUAGUUCAAUCAAAAUGUGAUAACCUUGGGAUGAACCUUAAUAAUGGAAACGAAGAAAAAUGUCCUAUCACUGAAUCCCCUCAAAAAACUACUGUGAACCAAGAAUAUGACUUUUACAAAUCAAUUGAUGUUGUUAAAAUAUUAUCAAAUCAAUUACGUAAAGAGUUAAAUAAUGAUGUUGGUCCUGUACCAGAUGCAGAAGUUGAUGAAUUCGGUGUACCAAUGUCAAUUAGAAUAUUAAGAAAAUUCCUCACACCUGAUGGAAAGGAGAAUACAAUUUUUAAAGAACUUAAUAAUGAAAUAUCUAAAAUUGAAGAUCGACUAAAUUUAAAUUUUCAAGCUAGAAAAAAAUUUCGUAAGCUAUUAUUUCCUUCUGAUAAGGAUUUAAAUAACAUUGAAGACAGUGAUUUUCCAUCUCAAACCAAAGAUAGUGAUUCUGGAAUAAUGCCCCUAAAUUCUAUGAUUAUCCAGACACCUAAAGUCUCUUUAGCAGAUGAUGACGCUGUGUUACAGUCAAUCGCCUAUACAGGGAUGAUAAAAAGUGAAGCGAAAAUUUUAAAGGCAUCUAUAAAAAACUUAGGAAAAUUUAUUUUUCACUCUAAAGUGAAACCAACAACCACUUAUUUGAUCACCAAAUCACAAUCUAAUCAAUCAUUAGAUAUUGUAUUUGCCAUGGCUUAUGGUUGUUUCAUUGUUUCUGAAGAUUGGGUACACAAAUCAUACUCAAUUGGAAGAUGGCUAUCUCAUCAAGAGUAUUUGAUUUCAGAUUUGUCUGAACCUGUCAAACAUUUUCAAAUACGUCGUCAUUCAACAUUUGGUUCUGAGUUGAAAUUUAAUAUAUUUGAUGACGUUGGUAGAAUAUACAUAUCAGAUAGCUGUGAAUCACCAGCCAAACUCUUAAGACGAUUGGUGCAUGCUUGUGGUGGCCUUUGUACAAAUACUGAGUCUAAUGCAAACGUAGUGGUUGGUUAUACACUACAAAUGAAGAAUAAUAUUCAUGAAAAAUGGAUUUUAGACUGCAUAACUCAAGGGAUAUUACUAAAUAAAUGUCAGUAUAACUUAGUUAAUUCUAAUGAAUAAUGAUAAUGUGACCUAAAAAAAUUUCUUUUAAACAAUUUUUAGUGUGAACUAAUUUUUUUUCUUUCUUUAUUACAUUAAAACAUAAUAUAAAUAUACUAAUAUAGUAAUAAAGUUAUAUAAUAAAAUGUGCUUAUUAAUU